AUGUCCAAGCUGACAGUAUAUUUUGCUUGUGUGCUUUCAGGUCUCCUUCUGGGUAAAAUGGGGGAGCGUGGAGCCCCUCUGGUGAACGUAUGCCAGUGCAUCAACGAGUGCGUCAUGAAGAUUAUUAACGCGGCCAUGUGGUAUUUCCCAUUUGGCAUUGUGUUCUUGGUUGCCGGUAAGAUUCUGGACAUGCACGAUCCCGCCCACUUGGGAGAGAAACUGGGGAUGUACUUCAUCACGGUGCUGUCUGGACUCUUUGUACACGGACUCAUCCUACUGCCAUUGUUCUUCUUCUUCUUCACUCGGAAAAACCCCUUCUCCUACAUCCGAGGACUUCUGCAGGCUCUGGUCAUUGCCUUGGCAACGUCAUCCAGCUCUGCUACGCUGCCCAUCACCAUGAAGUGUCUAUUGGAGAACUGUGGCGUGGACCGGCAGAUCGCUCGCUUCGUGUUACCGGUCGGAGCCACGAUCAACAUGGACGGUACUGCUUUGUACGAAGCAGUGGCAGCCAUUUUUAUCGCUCAAGUCAAUGAAUACGACUUGGAUUUUGGUCAGCUGGUAACUAUUAGUAUUACAGCCACAGCAGCCAGUAUCGGGGCAGCCGGGAUCCCUCAGGCUGGACUGGUUACCAUGGUGAUAGUCCUGACCUCAGUGGGAUUACCUCCAGCUGACAUCUCCCUCAUCGUGGCCAUUGACUGGGUCCUUGAUCGUUUCCGGACCAUGAUAAACGUCUUGGGAGAUGCCCUGGCGGCCGGGAUCAUGGCUCACAUUUGUAAAAAAGACUUUGAGCGAGCGGCUUCAGCUGCAGGCAGCAGGAGAGGCUCCAAACGGCGAGACACUGUAAUUUCUGUGGGUACCCAGAGUGUGGCGCUGUCGGACGCUCCUUUGCUGCCUCAUAAGUGUGACUAUGUUUGUGAUGUGGACGGAGACAGCGUGGUGGAGCGGCCCGUGCCCUGUUAUAACCUCUGCCAAGUCUGAAGAACCGCGGAUAACGUCAAAGUCAAGACCAAAAACUGUAAGGAUGAACUGCCUUUGAGAGAGUUACUUGAUAAAGAAAGAGAAGAGAAGAUGCACUAUUCGUGCUAUGGUGUCGACAUGGAUCGUGCUAUGCCUAAAUUAGCUUUUUUAAAAGGGACCUGCAAAGGAUUUUGGGACAAAUUAUUGGGCAUAAGUAAAAAUAAAUAAAUAAGGUGAUUUUAGGAUCAAGCUGGUCUUUAUGUGAAAGUUUCAUAGAUCUGACCUGUAACUUGUGAUAGAAAGGUUUAAUGCCAUACUGUGAAACAUUCCAGACAAAGCAAUAACAUCUCCGUGAAAACAAACAUUUGAUGGUCACUCCACCAGAAAAGCUACAUAAUGCACCUUUAAAUUAAAAUGUAUUAACAACAAAUAAGAACUUGUAGCUUGUAUAUGGUAGAGUCAAUAGAUAAGUUCAGAUAAUAGUUUGAAACAUUUUAAUUUUCAGCGUUUUAAUACAUCAACAACUUUUAGCUGCCUGCUUUUUGAGGGUGAUCACUAACCAGGAAUUAGUCACUGUUGUAAUGUGUAAUGAGUCUGGACCUCCUCAGAGAGUUCAGUCUUCUACUGCAGAAAUACAUUUGGAAAUGGGAUAAUUUUCUAACAUUAUCUGCAAAAGGAUAUCUUGCUAUGUUCAUUUGCACCUUUAUAUAAUUAAUUGAGUUUUUGUUUUGGGUUGAACGUCCAUCAUGGAAGAUUCAUGUUGUAGACUUACUGGACAAGACCAUAGAAAAAAAUGAAGUACUGUAUAUUUUGCAGUUAAUGUGACUUCUUGUUGCCUUAAAAUGGACUUUAUGGAUGGGGAAAACUUGAACGAAAAAUAACAGAAUGUACUGAAUGUGUGUUUAGGUUUAAUAAAGGAAAUUAUUUGUUUUUUACAUUGAUGUGAUUUCUAAUAAAAGCCAAGGAAACUUUAA